ACUUAACUUCAAGCAACCUCUCAGCUUUGAAAUCACCGCUACUAUAAUAUUAGAACUUCUCCCUUUUACUUACCUACUACUGCCUUUGAUAGCAAGACCCGCCAUCAGAUCAGAAUUCAACUUGGAUUCGGGAUCUGAUGGUUUGCGAAUACAUCCAAAUCUAGAAGAUCGAAGACACCAGCUGCAAUAAUCUUCAGUCCUGUUUCAUAGUCCGAUACUGUGUACAUCUUAGCUAAUCAGAAGGGUAGUAGCUAAUUAAUCAUCAAAUGGACAAGGUACUGAGGCUGGCGUCCGAGAAUGGACUGGUGAUUUUCAGCAAAAGCACAUGCUGCUUGUGCUACGCAGUCAAUAUUCUGUUCCACGAGCUGGGGGUUACUCCUUAUAUUCAUGAAAUCGAUCAUGAUCCAGAUGGAAAGGAGAUUGAGAAAGCUCUGAUGAGGAUGGGGUGUAAUGCGCCAAUCCCGGCAGUUUUCAUUGGCGGGAAGCUGGUUGGAUCCACCAAUGAAGUCAUGUCUCUCCACCUAAGCGGCUCCCUCCUUCCACUUCUCAGGCCAUACCAGCCAUCGACUUAAAAGAAGUCUGCUGCUAUAAACUUAAUUUGCGUUUGCAGGCGUUUGUUUGCAGUACUACUAGAUUAAGAAGAAGAAUAAGCUAGCUUCGUCUCUCUCCCGUGUAGUGAGCUCUCUACAGUCUACAUGGAACUGCCAGUUACUAUUCUCUCUAAAUCCAUAAGCAAUCGUCUAGCUAGUAAUUAUGUGUCGAAGAUUUAGUAGCUAGUUUCCAUUAAUUAGCAUGUAUGAGCACGUAGCUUAGCUAUAUGCAAAUUAUAUACAUAUAUAAUUAUCUGGCCUGUUCGCCUAGUCAAAGAAUCAUGUAGUCUAUUUGCUUUCCUUAAUGAUGAAUUUAGUGUUAUUUUAACUA